AUGCUGGCGGUGGGUCUCCGCGCCUCCUCCCUCCUUCCUUCUCUCCUCCUCCCCACGAGGCUCCCGUGCCGCCUCCUGCUGCCCUUCAAGUCGCCGCAAGAUAAUGGGACGAAUAUACAAAGCGGCGGCGGGCCUCCCACCAUACAACUUUUUCCGCAGCGCAGUCAAUCGCAAGCGCAACAGGGUUUUCUCAUUUCAGAUUGGGAGGGCAUUGACAGGAUCUGUGAGCCACAAAAGCCUCGAGGGUCGGAUUAUCGCUAUUGCAUUGCACAAUCAGUAAAUGCAGGAAUGGACAUGAUUAUGAUACCUCACAGGUUUGAGAAAUUUUUGGACGAUAUUGUGUUCUUGGUGGAGACGGGGGAGAUACCAAUGUCUCGAAUUGAUGACGCUGUUGAGCGAAUUCUGAGGGUUAAGUUUAUUUCUGGAGUGUUUGAGCAUCCAUUUUCAGACCAAUCUCUACUAGACAUAGUUGGCUGUAAGGAACAUCGAUUACUAGGGCGUGAGGCUGUUCGCAAGUCUUUGGUACUUCUGAAAAAUGGCAAGGAUCAGAAGGAGCCAUUCCUUCCAUUGGCCAAAGAUGCAAAAAGAAUACUGGUGGCAGGAACACAUGCUAACGAUAUUGGAUAUCAAUGUGGUGGGUGGACGAUAGCAUGGCAUGGAGACAGUGGAAAAAUAACUCCUUUGAGUAUUGGAUCACUGAAGUAG